GGUAAGAAGUUAGGCUGCCUCUCUAUUAUCUGAGGGUUUCAGAACUCACUCUCAGAUGUCAAGAGUUCAGCUUCCUAUGGAACCAGUUUUUUUCUAGUCUGUCAGCAAGCAGUAGGGAGGUUGUGCAGAGCAGGUCCGCAGGUGGAGCUGUGUGGCAGGAAGCUGAUGACUGAGCAGGAGGGAAUGGAAUCCCCGGGGCAGGGAUAAAGGCAAGACCAGGACAUUGACCAGAACAGGAAAAAAGCAGUAGUAAUUAAGGAGGGGAAAGCUCUUGCUCUCAAACUGAUUUGGGGGACCACGUGACCAUAACCACGGUUUAUUGGGCGGGUCUAGGAGAGCAGCUCCUAAGAUCCAGGCCUGAGUGACAGGAACUUCCACCGAUCGUCUUUCUACCUUCCGGUUUCCGCAUCCUUGCCCUUUCUGGACCCGGAAAAGUCUCCACAGACGCGGUUUUGUGACUGUGGACCUGGGAGAGUCAGCAGCGCAGCGGCGGGCACCGCAGCCCGGCGGCCCCGGAAGGUCCCAGGCAUCAUUCAUUUUUGUUCCAUGAAAAGUUCUGGGUGCUUUCUGAAGACUCUUUCCCAUGUGCAAGUGUCUCACUCCUCAGGUAGUUCAGCUUACCUGUGAAACUGAGAGCCCUGGAUGGUGAAGAGAGGAAACUAGCAAAGAUCCAGACACUUUGUCUAGGUAGUCCCGGAAGUUCUGGAAUUCAGAAAAUAAGCCAGUGCUUGAACUGAGACAUCUGCUGCCGCAGCCUCUCCAGUGCUGGGGUAAAAGGCUUGCACCACCUGGCCUUUCUGACUUGUCCUGACAUGACCACACUUGAGACUUCUGCAUGAGGUUUGAGAAGAUUGUUCUUCUCCUGUCCUGUGGAUGGUUUUCCAGAGCUGUGCUACUCAAUACUGGUUUUCAGCGCCGUUCAUGGUUGUCUUUCCAAAUGGUAGAUAUUGAAGCUUAUCUGCAUCACCAUCUAUCUGCUUCCUACAAUCAUGUCAUGAUUGUUUAAUACAUUUGGAAACUUUUGUGAAAUGCAUUCAUGUUGAUCAUAGAGUUUUCUGGAAAUAUACCAUUUGAUCUUUUGUUAAUAUACUUUGUUUAUAAGUUGAUUGUUUUUGCUUUUCCUCUUACCUACGAUAAUUGUUUCCAACCCUCCUAACAGCAAGUCCUUAAAAAACUUCGUUGAGUCUUACCAAUUAAUAGUCUUCCUUAUUUUUUUAAUAAAGUUACUGACGUUGUAAUGGUGCAUAGUGAUAGCCUCAGAGGCAUUGGUGGCUCUGGAGACAUGAAGCAUUGUGUCACAUUUUUCUGUUUCUUUUAAAUAGCAGAGUAAUUCUCUUUUGUGUAAAUAUACCAUAUAUUCUUUAUUUAUUCUUCUGUAGAGGAUCAUGUAGGUUGAUUUCAAUUUCUGCCUAUUAUAGAUAAAGAUGCAGUGAGCAUGUUUGAGCAAGGGUCCUUGGGUAGGUUGGAGUGUACUUUGGGUAUACAUCCUAGAGCACUAUGGGUGGAUCUUGAAGUAGUUUGAUUCCCAUCAAUUUAAGGAAUUGCUACACUGAUUUCCUUGGUGGCUGUGCAUGUUUGCACUCCCUCUAGCAAUGGAAGGAUGUUUGUAUUGCUCCACAUCCUCUCCACCAUGAGCUGUCACUUGUUUUAUUGAUUUUAGAAAUUCUGGCAAGUGUAAGACGGGAAUCUCAAAGUAAUUUUGAUUUGCAUUUCCCUGAAGGCUAAGAGAGAAGAAUAUUUUUAUGUGUUUCUUGGCCACUUGAGUUUUCUCCAUUUAGAAUCCUCUGUUUAGAUUUGUAACCCAUUUUUAAUUGGAUUAUUGGGUUGUUUUCACAUCUAGUUUCUUGAGUUCUUGCUGUAUUUUGGAUAUUAGUUCUCUAUUGGAAGUAGAAUUGGUACAAUCUUUUCCUACUCUAUAGGUUUCUGCUUUGUCCCAACAAUGGUGUCCUUUGUCUUUUUUGUUUGUUUGUUUGUUUGUUUGUUUGUUUGUGUUUUGUUUUUUCAAGACAGGGUUUCUCUGAAUAGCCCUGGCUGUCCUGGAACUCACUUUGUAGCCCAGGCUGGCCUCAAACUCAGAAAUCUGCCUGGCUCUGCCUCCCAAGGGCUGGGAUUAAAGGCGUGCGCCACCACCACCCAGCAGGACCCUUUGUCUUAUUGAAGCUUUUCAGUUUCCUGCGAUCCCAUUUAUUAAUUGUUGAUCUCAGUGCCUAUGCUAUUGGUGUUUUGUCUUUUUUUGUUUGUUUUGAUUUUUUUGUUUUUUAAAUAAUGUCUUCUCUGACAAUAUGUUCACUUUUCUUCCCCACUCUAUCUUCUGUCAGAUUCAAUGUGUUUGGUUUUACAUUAUACCAAACACUUGUACUUGUGGUUUGUGCUGGGUUAUAAGUGAAUGGCUCUGCUUAGCUGCACAAAACCCGUGCUACUUUUAGGCUCCAUUUUAUGUUUAACUUGCCCUUAGAUAGAACUUAGCCACUGAAAAAAACAUCAACUUGCUCUAGGAUCUGAGACAUCCAUAGCAUCCUCUACUCCUUCCCUAUUGAUAGCCAAUUAGCUCUUAGGAGCAAAGUUCCAAAAGGUCCAGAUGUCUCAAAAGAGAUUGCUUAAGCUAGCAACCACUGUUUAUCUAGCCGAAAUAAUUAGUAGCCAAUACAAAUGUAUCAAGCUGCAAUUUUCACAAGUCAAUCAAUCAUGUAACUGUAAAGUUGGAAAUUCUCCUACUCUGCUCUAAGGGUGACGAGAAGGCAAGGCUUUAGCACCCUUCUGCUGCAUGGGAGAGGUUGGAGGGUCCAAGUUCAAGCUGAAAUAAAAUUACUUUGGUUUUGUGUGAAUGAGUUGAAUUCCUGGUUGUCUCUGGUGAUCUGUGAGGACCUCGAGAUCUGGGCAUAAGAAUAAGUAUGGAUCCAUUACCAAUCUUUGUUGAAGAUGCUAUAUUUUUUCCAUUUGUAUUUCUGUCCUUUUUAUCAAGAAUAAGGUGGCCAAAUAUAUUUAUGUCUAGGUCUUCAAUUCAUAUUCAUUAAUCACUGUGGCUAUUUCUGCCAAUAUUUUCGAGGUUUUUAUCCUAUAGUGCUGUAGAAAACUUGAAAUUGGAAAUGUUGAGAGAACUGUAGAAGUUCUAUUAUUGUUCAGGAUUGUUUUAGCUAUUGUACAUUUUUUUGUUUAUGUAUAUGAAAAUGCAGUUGCCCAUUUAAAAUUCAUGAAGACGUGUGUUGGAAUUUGGAUGAGAAAUGCCUUGAAUCUGAAGAUUGCUUUUAGUAGGAUGGCUUAUUUAUUUAUUUAUUUUAAGUAUUGUAAUUCUCUUGCUCUGUGAGCAUGGGAAAUCUUUCUAUCUCUUAAUAUUGUCUUCAGGUUCUUCAAAGAAUUGAAGUUUUUAUUCUACAAGUCUUUCACUUGCUCUCAGAAACAUUUAUCCUGGUAUUUUUCUCUUUCCUUUGUGUUUAUCAUUUUGACAGAUGUGAGCUUCUUUCAUUUUUGUUCCAUGAAAAGUUCCAGGUAUUUUCAGCAGUAUGUCCUUCUUAUAUGCAGGUUGUUGGGAACAAAAUUUUAAAAAGGGGGGGGGGCUGGGAAGAAUGGAAGGAAAAAGAUGCUCACCCCCCACCAGAGUGUCCCUGUUCUCUGGUCAGUCAGGCGUGGGAGGGCUGCUAUCUACCCUAUCCAUUCAUCCCUGGGUGGGCAUUCCUCUAUCCCACUCUUCAGUGGGUGGCCAAGGGGCAGCCCUGCCCCCGGAGCUAUUUUGCUAAAGCCACCAUGGUUGUGGGAGAGAGGGAAGACGGAAGAAGUUUCCAACACUGACCAGAGUGUGCAGUGGAACUUGAAGGAGUAAAGCAGAGACUAUGGUUUUAGAGCUUAUAUUAUAGAAAUUCAGGGGAAAGAGAGAAAGUAGAAAGGAGGGAGAGAGAGAGAAGAGAGAAGAGAGGAAAGAAGAAGACAAAGAGAAAGGGAAGAGGAAAGAGAAGUAAGAGAAGAAAGAGGUGAGAGGACAAAGGAAUAAGAGAGGGAGGUGCGGGAUGAGCACUCCUUUUUAUGGUCUUCACUUUUGCUAGGUAACUGGGAAGGAGUUUAGCCUGAAGGUCAGAAGCUUGGGCCAUUGCUUACAUGACUACUGACCAUGCUUCUCUUGUGGGGGCUAUGGGAGGUGGUACCUUAGUCAGGGGCCAGAGUUCCAGGAGCAUGAGGGAACACCUACCUUGUCAUGUAGGUGGAUUAUGACCAUCGGGGUUCAGGCCUCAGCUCGAGUGGAAUCCAGCCUGCAAUUCCCCACAGAAGGUCUCCUACUGCUCAGUCAAUCUGCUCACCUGUGAAUCAGGACUAAGAGCCCUGGAUGGUGAACACAGAGGAGACUAUAGCCAAGGAACCAGUUUUGAAGCUCUGAAAUGACUGUUGCCCAUUAAAUAAAGUGUCUUUGACCCAGACUGGAAGCAGCACCAGGCUAUGGUGGUGAACUGAAACAUUUGAACAUGUUCCAAAGAUGUGUAACAUGGAGAUUCCAGACAGAAGAUUGAUUUCAGAAUGAAUCACAAAAUAUGAGCCAACUAUGAUGAGUACUGCUCACAUACGAGCUGUCACAUGUUCUUGACUGUCAGAUAUCGUACAUCAGCAUCUGUCAUUUCAUUAUGUUUCUUGUAAAAGAAAAAUGUAGGUUGAUAUUGAGCAAAUGUGGAGACAAAUGCAUUAAACAGGAGAAAGAAUUUCACAUCUGUGAUUGGAAGGGUGAGAGUAACAAAAAGAAUGAAUGCUUCUCUCAUAAAUGCUCCUCAGACUCAGAUAACAUUCAAGGAUGUGGCUGUGGACUUCUCACAGGAGGAAUGGGAAUGUCUUGACUGUGCUCAGAGGGCAUUGUACAUGGAUGUGAUGUUGGAGAAUUAUAACAAUCUAUUUUUUGUGGAGAAUCAUUGCAUGUGUCCUAAAUUUGAGGACAUGUUGGAUCAAGACCUACAGCAUAUUGUCCACGAGCAUGUAAAUAUCCAAGUGAAAUCUUAUGAAUGUCAUGAGCUUGGCAAAAUCAUUCAUGAAUCCACUGAAAGUACACCUUCUAAAACUAACCUCAGGGCUACAUCUGUUGAAUCAUCAAACCUAAGCAGACAUGAAACUGAAAACAACAGAUUAACUUGCAAAUAUAAAAACCAUGCAAACUGUUUAAAUUUGUGCUCUACCAUUAGUCUAAAUCAAGGAAUCAACAUAGGAAAGAAAGAAUACAAUGGUACAAAGCUUGAUAAGGUUUUUGAAUCUAAAGAAGUCCUCAUGUUGAAACAAACCAAAAGUGGAAAGAAACCUUACAAAUGUAGUGAAUGUGCCAAAUGUUUUGCCCAGAAAUGCUGGUUUAGAAAACAUCAGAGAAUUCAUACAGGAGAGAAACCUUACAAAUGUAGUGAAUGUGACAAAUCCUUUACGCAAAAAGGCAGUCUUAGUAUUCAUCAGAUGUAUCAUACAGGCAAGGAACCUUACAAAUGUAGUGAAUGUUCCAAAUGUUUUGCCCAGAAAUGCUGGUUUAGAAAACAUCAGAGAAUUCAUACAGGAGAGAAACCUUACAAAUGUAGUGAAUGUGGCAAAUCCUUUACCCAAAAAGGCAGUCUUAGUAUUCAUCAGAUGUAUCAUACAGGCAAGAAACCUUACAAAUGUAGUGAAUGUGAGAAAUGUUUUAUUCAAGUUGGUGAUCUUAGAAGACAUGAGAGAAUUCAUACAGGAGAGAAACCUUACAAAUGUAAUGAAUGUGACAAAUGCUUUAGGUACAAAAGCAGCCUUAGAAGUCAUCAGAGAAUUCAUACAGGAGAGAAGCCUUACAAAUGUAGUGAAUGUGAAAAAUACUUUUCCCACAAAGGCAGUCUUAGUAUUCAUCAGAGAAUUCAUACAGGAGAGAAACCUUACAAAUGUAGUGAGUGUGACAAAUUCUUUACCCAAAAAGGCAGUCUUAAUGUCCACCAGAGAGUUCAUACAGGAGAGAAACCUUACAAAUGUAGUGAAUGUGACAAAUGCUUUUCCUAUAAAGGAGAUCUUAGAAAACAUCAGAGAAUUCAUACAGGAGAAAGAACCUUACAAAUGUGAAUGUGACAUGUGCUUUACCCAAAAAUUCAAUCGUCAUCUUCAUUUGAGAAUUCAUACAGGAGAGAAGCCUUACAAAUAUACUGAAUGUGACAAAUGCUUUAGCCAGAAACAAUAUUAGCUCUUAUCAGAGAAUGCACACAGUAGACACCUUCACAAAUGAAGAGAAUGAGAAAAAUCUGUUUCCAAGGAAGAUCAUCUUAGAAUUCAUCAGAGACUACAUAUAGGAGAAGGAACUUAUAAGUAUAGUAAAUGUUCAAAUCCUUUACUGUUGGUUCACCACUUAAAAUACAUCAAAGAAUGCAUCCAGGAUAAAAAAAAAAAAAACUUAUGAAUGUGAUAUAUAAGGAAAGGACUUUACCCAAAUUUCAGACCUAAGAAAAUACCUGGUUAUUUAUAUUCAGAAAAAAGUGUCCACUGGAAAAAAAAAUGGCAUGUGCGUUAUCCAAGCGGUAUUGUUUGCAACACUUGAAGCUCCACACUAGAGAAUUAUUAUAUGUGUGAGGAAGUUGGGAACACAUUUAAAUAAUCCUCAAAUCUUAGGAACUACCCAGUGUUUAUGCUGAGAGAAGCUGAAAAUGCGACAAUGAAGGAAAUCUUUCAUUAAAAGUUUUUACUUGUUCACUUUCAAAUAUGUCAUGAUGGAGAAGCUAGAAGAAUAUGGAGUUGUGUAAGCUUUCCUAGAGACUGAAAUGAUCUAUUUCAAAGAGAAGCUGUGAAAUACAUGCCUCAAAAUAGCUAAUGAAACUGACAGCAUUCUGUAUGUUUAACUCAAAUGAACAUACUCAAAUUAUACUUCUAAAAAGAGGAUUUGACAAACUGAGCUACAAAGAUAGGAUGCUUUUUAUCCUGUAGAGGUGCCUACAGAUAUGUGGUUUGCUCCCAAUGUCUAGUAUUCAUUAUCUGCAUUAUAUGCUGGUUUUAAGUUUCAGGAUAGCAAUUGUCUUUGAGUCCCUUGUGCUCUCAUUUUGCUAACUGCUUCCCCUAAGUCCUGUAUGUAAUUCCAAUAAAUCUCAUUGGUUUAACAAGUUGAA